AAAACAUUUUUAGUUAACUUAAAAUUUUUCCGGCUUUUUAUUGUGAAUAGGCUUGUCACUUUAAUUUGACAUUAGUUGACCGCAUUUAUAUGCUUUAUAAGUUGUUUACAAAAUCAUUUUCAACAAGCCUCACGAAAAAAAUGCCAGUGUGUGCAAAAAUUGGACCUUCUAUUUUAAAUGCGGAUUUGUCGAAUCUCGCAGAAGAAACGCAGAAACUUUUGGAUAAUGGCGCUGAUUAUAUGCAUUUGGAUGUAAUGGAUGGACAUUUUGUUCCUAAUCUCACAUUCGGUCAUCCAGUUGUAAAAAGUCUUCGUCAAAAGAUAAAAACAGCAUAUUUUGAAACACACAUGAUGGUAUCGCGACCACAGCAAUGGAUAGAACCUAUGGCAGAUGCUGGUGUUAAUUUAUAUACAUUUCAUAUUGAACCUGUGUUAUCUGAAGUACCAAGUAUAUGUCGUAAAGUGCAGGAGUCAGGCAUGAAAGUUGGUUUAGCGAUUAAACCAGGUACAUGUGUUAAAGCUCUUGAAAAAUAUAUUGACAUGGCAGAUGUUGUGCUUAUAAUGACUGUUGAACCAGGCUUUGGAGGACAAUCGUUUAUGGCAAAUAUGAUGCCAAAAGUAGAAUGGUUGCGUCAACAAUAUCCAAAUUUAGAUAUAGGAGUGGAUGGCGGCGUUGGCUUAAAGACAAUAGAAUGUUGUGCUAAAGCUGGCGCAAAUAUGAUUGUUUCUGGCACUGCAGUGAUACAAGCUGCGGAUCAACGUGAGGUUAUCGAUACUUUAAAAAAUAUAGUGAGAAAGUAUAAUAAAUGAAUCAAAAUUGUACGAUGUAGUAGGGGAUAUGAUAUGGAGUACUUAGCAAUUUUAUUUUGUAUUGUCUUAUGCAUUUAUUUGCAUUGCAAAAAACUAAUAGCAAUGAAGCUUAAUCACAAAUGGUACUGUGUACAUAUAUAUAUUUUUUAAAAACAAUUUUUUUUAUAUAGUAAAUUGGG